UGUCACAGCACUGAUCUCGACCUCCCAUUGGCUCCUGUCUUCAAUACGUCACGAUCAUGAUUAGAAUUGGUGAUCGGACGUUUUGAUUUCAUUGUCUGGCGAGGGGACUGCUGACGAAAUCUGCUGAAUUCGUGGGUUGGUUUGAUUUCACGACUAAAGGCCUCACAGAGACAUGCCCAGUAGGGUGCCACGUCCGCUUAGCUGGUAUGAGCGCAGUGGCUGCCCCUGACUUCCAGCUCCGUUAGACGUUAGGGCCAGACCGUGCCAGGGCCAGACCGUGCCAGGGCCUGGGUCUGCAUGGCGGCUCCCAGCUUCCCAUCCCCUGGCAGGAUGGAUGCCUGGCAGGAGAAGCACCGCCUGCAGACCAUGAACCUUCGGUCAGUGUUCACAGUUGAGCAGCAGAACACUCUGGAGCGUUACUAUGACAACGGCAUGACCAAUCAAAGCAAGGCAUGCUUCCAGCUGAUCCUGCAGUGUGCACAGGAGACAAAGCUGGAUUUCAGCGUAGUACGGACAUGGGUUGGCAACAAGAGACGUAAGCUGGCCUCCAAGGCGGACCAGAACGGCUCCCUGCCUCAUUCAUUCGCUGAUCACGGACUGUCGGGCGGAGUUUUGUCCAAUCACACGCUAGCGGGGGGGACCCUGUCUGAUCACAGGCUGGCAGGGUCGGCUCUGGUGGCGGGAUCCAUGCUGACGGCUGAGAUGGCUGCAGCUCGAAGCAUCCAGAGAGCACCACACCUCCUUCCCCCCUCCACCUUCCGCUCCUCAUCCUCCUCUUCCUCUCCUUCCUCCUCUUCUCCUCUCAGCAGUGGAAACAACAACGAUGUCAUCCUAACAGGGAUUUACUCCAUUAACUCCGCCUCCCGCUCCAGAUCAACACUCAAGCCCCUCCUCUCUGACUCAGAGCUUCCUGCACACGCCCGGUCUGCUCUUCUCAACCAAUCGGUGCACAACAGGAACAGUUCCAGCUCCUCCUCACCCCUACACUCCAGACUGGCCUCUCUCACACAUAAGCCCUCCGCCCUCUCGUCUCCCCCCGGCCCAUCUGUUUACAGUGGCCCGUCCAGGGGGGGACGAAUCCCCACUGGGGAGGCACGUCUGGGGGUGGGGGCAGGGAUUGUACCCCCUAGUUGGGCCAGACAAUACGGGCCAGUACCAACCCGUCCAUGGCCAUCUCUCACCCAGUCCCAGCUCCAGCCACACCCCAACUCCAACCCCCAGCCCCAACCUGCUCCACCUGCCCUCCGCGUUUCACCCCCAAACCCUAACCCCCGCCCCCCCUCAAACCCCACCCUCCUCAUCCAGCAGGUCUUCACCCUAUCAGACAGGGGCGAAGAGGAGGGACCAGCGCAAAGACCUGCCUCUGAAAGGAGGAACCUAUCAGAGAGCAAGAGGCAGAUUCCCAGACCCUUGGAAACCAUUGGCUGCUUCUCCAUCGCCAUGGAGACGGGGGAUGAGGAGGACGAGUGGCGAAGGGAGGAAGAGUUGGCCAGCGUGAACUCUCAGACUCAUCGAGACAUCCAGAGGGGGCACACGUCUGGCAGCCUCAGCCCGCCCAUGGGAGAGGUGUCUGGGGCAAGAGGAGACCACACAGCCCCCUUCCCCAGCUCCAGACCUGAGGCCCAGCAGAGGCAGGCAGCCCUCCGCAACAGCUACUCCCACACAGCUCUCCACACCUCCCCUACAAACACACCACAGGAAACCCCACCAUCAGAGGCUCCAGUCAGUCAGUCGGCUCCCUGGCUCAGCAGUAACUCCAGGAAGAGAACACUUCAGGACCGUACCCAGUUCAGCGACAGUGACCUGCUGCAGCUGAAGCGCUACUGGGACCGCGGCAUGACCAGCCUGGGCUCCGUUUGCCGGGAGAAGAUCGCAGCGGCCGCCAACCAGCUCAACGUCGACGCCGAAAUCAUCAAGACAUGGAUUAGUAACCGGAGAAGGAAGUACCGCCUCAUGGCUAUCGAGAUCCCACCCCCUAAAGGUGGGCCCGCAGUCUUUGGUUCAUCCUCUCCGGGACACGAGUCCCCAUUGGACAUGAGUCCUGAAGGGGAGGGCUUUAGAACCCCUGAGCUUGGGGAGGACUUGAUCGAUGGAGGUUCCCUUUGUUUGUCCGAGGAUGGCACCAGUGACUCAUACCAGAGAGAGGGAGAGGAGGGAGCUGAGCAGCACAACAUGGCCCCCCUUGCUGAGAAUGUGAAGACAGAGUGCAUUGCUGAAUAUGAAGAGGAGGAUGAUGAUGGUGAUGAGAUGAUGGCCUCAGACAUGGAUCACAUGCGGAACCUUCUGGAGUACAAGCAUGAGGAGGUGCAUUACCUGGAGAGUGAGCUAGAGAACCAAAAACAGAAAUAUUAUGAGCUGGAGAGGUUCACCAAGAGCCUACUCAAUGCUGUAAGGAACAACGACCAAGAGAAACAGCAGGAGCUAUUGGCCAGUCUACCUCAGUCUGCAGACCAGGAUUGGGACACAAAUUCAGAGAGGGGAGGCCAGCCUGCUGCCAUGACAACAUUGUCCAAUGCUGAUGGGUUGCCGUCCGCUGCUGUCAGCAACGACGAUGCCUCAUUGGUCACCGUAAAUAAAGACUUACCACUGAUUACCAUAAACGAAGAUGGUUCAUCAGUCCUCCUUAAUGAAACCUCUGCAUCAGAGGAACAAGGGACAGAGACUGGACCGGAAUGAUUCACUAUCCCACACACACUGUGCCUGUGAAUGGACACUACUCUCAGACUAUCGACUGUAAAAUCUGCUUACAUCAUUUUCUACAGCAUAUCACCCUGCCUUGCUCUGGUAUAGUCCCAGAGAGAUAAGUAAACAGAUUAUAUCUAAUUUA